AUGAGUGCACUAGUGGAGAGUGUUGGCCUCCUUCGCCUGCUUCCCAGAGCGGAUUCUACUUCCCAAUCCCAGAGCUCAUCGUCGUCGUCAUCUUCUUCAUCAAGCUCGUCUUCCUCAUUGUGUCAUGGUUCUGGCUGUGCUAAACCUUCCGAUGAUACCCAAUCAUAUGCAGUGGCUAUUGCUGUCGUGGUGCCCGUUUUCGUUGUGUGUUUGAUUUUAGCAUUCGUUUUCUACAAAGUCUGGAAACGCGGAAAAAAAGAGGCAAUCGAGGACAAUGAUCCAGACUUUGAUGGUGAUGGUGACUAUCUCCCGCCUGACGACCAUCUAGCUAAAUUUCGGGAACGUAGCGCUCCAGGAACAUUUUCGGAUAGCAAUUUUGACGAACUGGAACUCAAAAGUCAAAGCCGUACGACCCCAUCAAACCCAUAUACCCCCACUAAUGCCGGUUUCCCGCUCAAUCCAUUUCAAUUGCCGCGAGGUGACGAUGCCGACGAACUAAGAUCUUUUGCUCGAUCCAUCAACAAUCACGAAAUGGAUGCUUAUAGACUUGCGUCCCGCAAUGUGAGUGAGGCAUCUCUAGUUCAUUCUGAUAGCGCGCUUCAAAGGCCUCAAAUCUUUGCUCAAAAUGGCCGCAGUCAUUCAUUCACUAGCAGUAACAUGAUAUCUGUGGAAUCUGCUUCCGAUUGGGCCCCGAAUAAUAGAGAUCGAGUAUCACAGACAAGCGAAAUGGCUGACGAUUCUACUUCUGAUUUGGAAAAUAGUCCUAUCAAAAGGGCUCCAGUUGAUGUUAAACUUGGGUAUGUGAAUAAUCCCGUUGGACUGGAUCCAGAGAAGAGUGAAAGAGAAAGCGAUUCUUUAGAGAGCUCUCAUAACGCCAAUUCGGACAAUCAUCAUCGUGAGGGUACCACGAAUUUUGAAAAUGACGAGAGCGAAGAAGUGUUCUUGACCAGCAAAGAAGAGGAAAACAUUAAGAGAAUGAAAAGCAUCUAUGAAGUUUAUUUGGAUCGCAAUGGCACUUUGAGGACAGUUAAACCUGUGAUCGUUGACGAUCCAGUUGAGUCGGACCAGUAUGGUAAUGGUUUUGUUGCAUCUGAGUCACUCCCGGAUGAAGCUCGUAAUGCUAUUAAUCAUGCCACAGGUUUGCAAAACAACAUAGAAUCCCAACAGUUCGAAGGUGAAAGAGUCUUCAAGAACGACCAAAAUGCUUUGCAGCUGCCGCAAGCAGGUGACGAAGGGACUGUAGGAAGGAGGGCAGUUUCCUCCAUUUACUCAGAACUACCAACAAUUCCACCGCAGUCUGCUCAAUCACAAUAUUAUAACGAACAACAAUAUUACCCACAAAACCAGUAUUUUCACCAAGGUGAUUAUCAAAAUCAUGAGUACGAGUCAUACCAUGGUGCUUCGGGUCCACCAAACUUUUAUCCACAAAUGAGUGCUGGGCUUCAGCAAUAUCACCAUCCUCAAACUCUAGAAAAUAUUCAAGAAUUACCAAACCCAUCAAAUCUUCCUUUCUCCUCGUCCACGGGAUCGCUCACAUCCUAUAGGAAAAACGGCAAAUCAAAUUUGCAAUUACAAGCCUCGAGUUAUAACGGCACGACCUUGAACCCAAUUGAUCACCCAGAGCUCUUCUACAACCAGACAUCAGGGGUCAACUAUGCGCCAUCGUCACUCAAUCAGCAAGAGACCACUAAAGCCCAAGUACUGCCCCAUCACUUGAGACAAAGUGUGGUAAUGACAAACCCAGAUGAGCUGUCGUUUCCAAAACUACACAAGCCUGCCGGAUCUUUCAGAAAUAUAAGCGCCGCAAACUCUCGAAACAAUAGCAUGACCUCCCAGCAUACCACACAGCAAUAUCAGUCGCAAUUAGCACAUCAAAGAGUUAGUGGUAUCCUGGACGAUCACGAUGCGUUCCCACGUCCUCGUGUAGGUGGAAUACUUCCACAUAACGGGUCAAAUGAUGAGCUAAGGAAACAGUUGGGCUCUUCUGAUAAUUACAACGUGCCAUAA